AUGAGUAGUGCAAUUGUUGGUGCAGCAAAUGCUAUAGGUGGCGCUGUAAGUGCAGCUACAAGUGCCGGUUGGUUUAUUCCAAUGUUAGUAGCUGCCAUAGCAUAUUUUCAAUAUGAAGAAAUCAUGGAUCCCGAGUCGAGAAUUGUUCCUUCCGAAGUCAUCUUGGAUCAUUAUGAUUUUAUUAUAAUAGGGGCGGGUUCAGCGGGAGCUGUUGUUGCUAAUCGAUUGACAGAAGUCGAGAAUUGGAAUGUUCUGCUGAUAGAAGCUGGUGGCGAUGAAACAGAAAUAUCAGAUGUACCUUUAAUGGCUGGAUACUUGCAGUUGAGUAAAAUGGAUUGGAAAUAUAAAACUGAACCAUCAGGGAAAAGUUGUUUAGCUAUGAAUAAUGGUCGUUGCAAUUGGCCACGAGGAAAGGUCCUUGGAGGCUCUAGUGUUCUUAAUUACAUGCUUUAUCUUCGAGGCAGUAAAAUCGACUAUGACAAUUGGGAAGCUGCAGGCAAUCCAGGUUGGGGAUAUCGAGAUGCCUUGUAUUACUUUAAAAAAUCAGAAGACAAUACCAAUCCUUACCUAGCGAGCACUCCAUAUCACUCUACUGGAGGUUAUUUGACUGUAGGUGAGGCACCUUUCCACACACCAUUGGCAGCAUCUUUUGUAGAAGCUGGAGUUGAAAUGGGUUACGAAAAUCGCGACUUGAAUGGAGAGAAACAAGCUGGUUUCAUGAUUGCUCAGGGAACAACUCGUCGUGGAAGUCGAUGCAGUACGGCAAAGGCUUUUCUUAGACCAGCUGGGCUAAGACCGAAUUUACACAUAACGACUUUUUCACAUGUUACCAGGAUUAUGAUUGAUCCUGUAACUAAAGUCGCGUUCGGAGUGGAGUUCGUGAAGGAACGCAGAAUCUACCAUGUUAGAGCUACAAAGGAGGUUAUUUUGUCAGGAGGAUCAAUCAAUUCUCCGCAGAUUUUGAUGCUCUCUGGAAUUGGACAGAGGAAAGAACUUGCAAAGCAUCGAAUUCCAGUCAUAAAAGAGCUAAGUGUUGGAGAAAACAUGCAGGAUCACAUUGGAUUAGGUGGAUUGACAUUUUUGGUCAACCAACCUGUGUCGAUAGUUGAAAGUCGAUUCCAUUCUGUAUCAACGGUUUUGCAAUAUGCUGUAUUUGGUCAAGGCCCACUCACAAUUUUAGGAGGCGUUGAAGGACUGGCAUUUGUCAAUACGAAAUAUGCAAAUAAAUCUCUCGAUUGGCCCGAUAUUGAGUUUCAUUUUGUAUCAGGUUCAACAAAUUCCGAUGGAGGAUCUCAGCUACGAAAGGCUCACGGACUUACAGAUAAAUUUUACGGUACAGUUUUUGAAAAAAUCAAUAACUUUGAUGCUUGGAGUAUAAUUCCAAUGUUAUUGCGACCCCGUAGUACGGGUUCAAUAAAACUUCGAAGUGGUAAUCCUUUUGAUUAUCCCUACAUCUAUCCAAACUAUUUAUCUGAUGAUUUUGAUACAAAAACAUUGGUCGAAGGUGUUAAGAUUGCGGUGGCUUUAUCAAGAACAAAGUCCAUGCAAAGAUUUGGUUCAAAGAUAUCAGCCAUCAAAUGGCCAGGUUGUCUGCAUAUACAAAUGUUUACAGAUGAAUAUUGGGAAUGUAUGAUUCGACAGUACACAGUUACCAUCUAUCAUCCGGUGGGAACUUGCAAGAUGGGUCCAUAUUGGGAUCCAGAUGCUGUUGUAGAUCCUCAAUUGAGAGUAUACGGUAUUAGAGGAUUGCGAGUCAUCGAUGCAAGUAUAAUGCCAAAAUUAGUAAGUGCGAAUACGAAUGCACCGACUAUUAUGAUUGCGGAAAAGGGUUCAGAUAUGAUUAAGGAAUUUUGGAUAAAGAAUUCUGUUAUUUAA